AUGACAAUUGCACAAGAAUUAAAUAAUCGCCCAAAGAUUUCUAUUCAACAAGAUUCACAAUCAUUUAUUAAUCAAAUUUCAAUUAUUACAUCAAAAAAACCAAAAUGGGACAAAUGGAAUCAAAAUGCCAUCAUUGUAGCUGGUGGAAAUGGACAAAGACAGAAAUUAGAUCAACUCCAUUGCCCUAAAGGAAUCUUUAUUGAUCAAAAGAAAAAUAUUUUCAUUGCUGAUUCUGGAAAUCAUCGUAUUGUUGAAUGGAAAUAUAAUGCAAAGCAAGGACAAAUCAUUGCAGGUGAAAAUGGCAGAGGAAAUCGAGUGGAUCAACUAAAUGGUCCAACAGAUGUGGUUGUUGAUCAACAAACUCACUCGAUCAUUAUUGCUGAUCGUUGGAACAGACGAGUGAUUCAAUGGGUGAAUCAAAAGCAACAAAUUCUCAUUGACGAUAUUGACUGUUUUGGUUUAGCAACAGACAAACAUGGAUUUCUUUAUGUUUCAGAUUGGAAGAAGAAUGAAGUGAGACGAUGGAAAAUGGGAGAAUAUAGCAAUGAAGGAAUUAUAGUGGCAGGUGGAAAUGGAUAUGGAAAUCAACUCAAUCAAUUUAAUUACUCUGCUUAUAUCUUUGUUGAUGAAGAUCAGUCUGUUUAUGUAUCCGAUUGGACCAAUCAUCGUGUGAUGAAAUGGAGAAAAGGUGUAAAACAAGGAAGAAUUGUGGCUGGAGGAAAUGGUCAAGAGGGAAACCUCAAUCAAUUGUCUUAUCCUGCAGGAGUAAUUGUUCAUGAUUUGGGUCAAAUCUAUGUAGUCGAUAGUGGGAAUGAUCGAGUAAUGCGUUGGUGUGAAGGAAAAGAAGAAGGUAAAGUUGUUGUUGGUGGAAAUGGUGGAGGAAAUCAAUUGAGUGGCCCCCUGGGUAUAUCUUUUGAUGAUGAAGGAAGCCUUUAUGUUGCUGAUAGUGCAAAGAAUCGAAUUGUAAAAUUUGAAAUAAAUAUGGAGGAAAUAACACAAAUGAAUCGUUUUAGUGAUAUUGAUUGUUUGUUUGAAAAAUUAACACAUGUUUAUGGUUUUCUUAGUGAAGAACUUGUUCCAAUUGAAAAAGCAUUAGAACAAAUAGAAUCUCAAAUUGCUAAUCUACCAGCUUAUAUUAAAGUAGCAAAAAGACAUUGUCAUUAUCCAUCAGAACAUGGUUUAACACAUGGUGAAUCAGCAUCAAUUUAUAUUUAUACAAUGGAAUGGGAUGAACAAACUUUAUAUCGUGUUUUAAAUAAAACUUUAAGAAAUGAAAAUAGACAUUUAUGUAAAAUCUGGUUUCCUUAUUUGAAAUUAUUUGAUACAGCAUUAAAUAAAUUACCAACUGUAAAAGAAGUUGUAUGGAGAGGUAUUACUGCAGAUAUUGGAAAAAAUUUUACUAAAAAUCAAAAAAUAACAUGGUGGAGUAUUAAUUCAUGUUUAUCAUCAGUUAAUGUUAUCAAAGGAUUUCUUGGAAAUGAGAAAAACUCUACUACGCUAUUAAUUGAAGCAUUGAACGGCAAAAAAGUAUCUGGUUAUACGAAAUAUGAAAGUGAAGAUGCAAUCAUUUUAAGAGUGGGAACAGAAUUUCGUGUAAAAAGUGAUGCAUUAGAGCAUCCAAAAGGAUCUUAUGUUGUUCAUUUAAUUGAGAUUGAUUAG